GUCACAAAAAUAAGAGUUGAUUGGCGGCAAGCAACCAGUUCAAGAAUAAAUUGAAACUUCGCUGAGUGUGGCACGGUGUACACGGCAGAUUCCUCUUUUCAAUUGUGGGGAUUGGUCGAGUGGAAUACUUGGAAGAACAAUGUUUGAGUUGUCAACCAUCUUUUUUUACUGUUGCGCGGUUUUUGUUGCACCUGCAGUCCUUCAGUCAAGACCACUUCGGCAACAUGCUGAGGCAGACGUCACAAGUUUUUUUAUUCGAGGUGAAAACACCGGAGAAAAAUCAACUGCAGUGAUUAUAAUGCGUCCGGCAAUGUCUGCUAAAUUAUCUGGCAAUGGAAAUCUGGUGGAGAGGAUUCAAAUAGCCUCUGGCGUAUUACCCGGAAUUAAAAAUCUCGCGGAAAAGUCUAUGCCAGAUGCUGCAAUAUCGGGAGCGGUAAAUGAUAAUCCCAAAAGUGAAUACGAACAUAUCUGAAUCCAGUUGAUCGUCUGUUUCGCCGAAGGCUCUCAAAAAUCCAUAUUGAAUUCUGAAUUUAAAAUUCACUGUAUCACAAUACGUUAACAAAUAAUUCCGGAAACAUCGAAUUGUUCUGUGAACAUUGAAAAUUAUGAAUGGGGAAAAAAAAUAAAGAUAAAAAAA